AUGCCUCUUCGCUAUGGAGGUCUGGGUCUACCCUCGCAUGCAAGCAUCGCGCCCUUGGCCUACAGAUCUAUGGAGGAGGCAGCAGAUCGGAAGCUGCAAGAGAUUUUCCACCCGGAUGCAAUCGUGGAUUAUGAUGAUGCUCCAGUACUCCAACGGCAGCGUACGAGUGCGUUCUUUGAGGCAGAAUUCUCAAAUACGUUUAGCACACUGUCGAGAGAGGAACAGAAUAUCAUGUUGGACAAUCAAUCCAAGCUCGGUAGGAAGUGGAUGACUACUCUACCCUUCAACAAGUCUCUCCGCUUCUCAGACAAUGAGAUUUCUUUCGCCCUUCACUCACGUACCUUAUGCCCAGGAAGCCAAGCUUUUUGCAAGUGCGGUUUGGAGAAUGUAGUUGGUCAUGACGACCUCUGCAAUUCUCGUACUAAUCUUCGCCUGGCACGGCACGAAUUCAUCAAGCGUCUGCUGACUCGCUUCAUUUCAUCGGCUCCCAAUAGCACAACCACCACUGAGCCGAUGAUCGAGGGGACUUCAGCACGAACGGACUUUCGUGUUUCAGGAAUGGCUUCGAGCACGGGUGGCUCCUCGGAGUAUGAUUUGGCUAUCAUAGCUCCGACUGCAAGUGUCAAGGCUGCGCGUGGUGAGGUGGAAAACAAAUGUGCUGAGGACAGGUACAAGGCAGAGUUGGCUUUUUAUGAAAGGGAGAAGGUAAAUAGGUACUCACACAGGACGUCAUCACCUUUCGUUCCCCUGAUUAUGUCCAGUGGUGGCUACCUUACAGACACAGCUAAGGAUGUCUUCAAGCGUUGGCGGAUGGUAAUUCCUCAUUACGAGAUGCUGACUCGGCUUAUUUCACUCGGGCUCAUAAGAUCUCGGGCGGCUUAUUUCGAGUUCUAG